AUGAGGAGUUGGGGAAGAAAGGAAGAAAGGAAGAAAGAAUUGAUAGUCGGAGAUGACGAGGGGAGGAGGGAGAGUCGAGGGUUCCGAGGAAAGCCCAAGUGCGUUUUUCUGCUGGGCUUUGGCUCCCGCUUGCUCCUCCUCUCCACCAAUCAGCUUCCACCGCUGAUUCGCGGUCCUGCAAUGAUCUACCGCUCCGUCCUUUUUGUCUACCUUUCUUCUUUCUUGCUUCCUACACCUUCAAAAUAUUCACUUCCCUUCCCCCAAUAUUAUAGCAGUUCAUCAUCUCAGAAUCGCUUGGUUCUCAACUUCAUACAGGACGCGUUCUACUCCGUCCCGUUCAUGCUCGAUUCUCGAUUCUGUACACGGUAG